CUCUCUCUCUCACACACACACACACACAGAUACUGCCUCUCUCUCUGUCACACACACACACACACACACACAACCCUAAACACUUUCUACCACACAAACACUCUCUCACACACUUUCCUCAGUCACACACACACACACACACUCUCUCUCUCUCUCGCGCACAGCUGUUGGGAAUCAUGACUGAAGAUGACGGAUACGGUUGUAGUAGAGGGACAAGUGAGACUCCGAGAGGGGAAAAAGUGGAAGAGUAGAUGGGUACUUCUCAGAAAACCGUCUCCAGUAGCAGACUGCCUGUCUCUGCUGGUGUAUAAGGACCGCUCUGAGAGGAACCGGGGUCGGGAGAGGAGUCAGGCCACUUUGGGGGAUAUAUGUGGACUGGAGGCUCUGCAGGGUUUUGAGGGAAUGUGCUACUCGCUCACCAUCCUCUGCCUGAACCAGUCUGUUACACUGGGCUUCGACAGCAAGGAAAACCUCCUGGCCUGGGACACCCGCAUCAGCUACAGCCUGGGAGAGGUCCACAGGUUCAAUGUGAAUGUUCAGCCAGGCACCAAGCUAGAGAGCGGUCCUGCAGUACUGCACUUAUGCAAUAACCUGCUGGUCAUCACUAGAGACGCCCAUCCAUCAAUCCUGGGCCAGUGGAGACUGUCUGACCUAAGGCGGUAUGGGGCAGUUCCCAAUGGAUUUGUCUUUGAGGGAGGAACACGCUGUGGAUAUUGGACGGGGGUCUUCUUCCUGGCCUGUACUGAGGGGGAGCAGAUCAGCUUUCUGUUCGACUGCAUCGCUCGAGGCAUCUCUCCAAGCAAAGCGCCGUUUGGACUACGGCCAAACCUACCAGACCCUGGCACUAGCCCCUGCUCUGUGGAGGAGAGGAUCAGUCAGGAGGCCAGCGAGCUGGAGAAACGCCUCAGCAUGCUGUCACUCAGCAGCCGCCACAGCAGCUCCGCUUCACACUCCAGCUACAGCACCUCCCUGGCAGGAGACGACUGCAGCGUGUCCAGCUCCUCCUCUGAGACCAGCAGCCGGUCAGACCCAAUAAGUCGUCUGGCAGCUUGGCCUGACCCUUUUAGACACGCCACCCCUGUAGAAUCCUCACCAUCGCUGUCAGGAGCCAGAACUCCCAAGCCUCUGGGGGCGUCAGUCAGCACAUCCAGCGAGGAGCGUCUGUACAGAGCAACGAUGGGGGUUUUCCGCCCUCCGUCCAAACCGCCACCACCCAGGGGGCUUCAGGACGCAGGGCGGCAGAGUUCGACCGACAGCGGCAUCGCUACGGCCAGCCACUCAUCAUAUUCCGGAAGCUUCUCGUCCUACACGGGCAGCUUAGACACAGGGCAGGGGGAGACUGAGGAGUUUGGAUCCCACUUCAGUCUGUCUUCAAACCCCAACCCCAGCCUCCACCCAGGCCACAGACCCCUGCCCCCACAGUUCCAGAACAUUCAGCCCUUUUCCACGGCUCCAACAAGCACCACCUCUCUGCUACCAGAGCACAGGCCCGUGUGCAUAUGUCCGAGUAACGGGACGUCUCAUAAGCAGGAGAAUCAGGGGUACCAAGUGCCGGGGCAUGUCCUGCAGCGCUACGAUUCCCCCCGCAGGAUCAUCCAGCUCCAGCCCUCUCCCCAGGACACUGGAACGCCAGCUAGCCCAGAACAGAGGCCCGAGCCCCGGCUGUGGGGGUCAUCAGGAUCUCUUUCAGAAGCUGCUUCCAAACUGGGAGCACCAGUGAGAUUAACUGGGAGUAGUGAACGAAUAGCACCUCCUGGAGGCUCCAGCACGCCACGGCAUAUCAUCUGUCCCAUAUGCGGAGGAUUGAAGGUAAUGUCUUCUCCACCUGCAGGAUUAUCCUCUACACCUGCUCUACCAGACAAACCGAAGGAUGAGAUGAGUAACAGUGCCACGACUGCAGGUGCUGAGGGAAUGAGAAUGGGCAUCACACCGGUGGAAGAGAGGAGCAGGUAUGAGCUAAUGAGCAGUUAUGGACAGCACAAAGCAUUGUGGGACACUGAGGGACGAUCAUCAGCAGUGCCUCCAUUUCCCAUGAGCACUCUGGGUGUUUUCAGACAGUCUUCAUUCUCGGAUCCUAAAGGCAGUUAUGUGUGCAUGACGCUGAGCAUGGAGCCGUCCAGCAGAACAAACCACAGAGCUCGAGAAGAGCGUCAGUCUUAUGGGAGGUCUUUUCCUCUGGAUACUGGAUCCACUUUUACUGACCGACUGCAGGGAGAUUCUGCCAAUUACGUCAACAUCCCUGUGAGCCCCACAUCCAAACGACAGCUGCACUACAUGGAGCUGGACCUGCAGGACGUCCCUGACACUGGACACAUUGUCAGAGGGGCAUCCCUCACUAAAUAUGCCCACAUUGACAUUGCUGCAACUGAGAUGGCACAAAGAGUUGGUGCCCAGCACGCUCAGAUCAGAGAGGAGAGACUCCUGGAGCUGGAGCACAGAAGACGAGGAACACUCAACUGAUCACACGUUCACUGCAUUCAGCAGCACAUGGGAUACUAUAUAUAUAUUUUUAUUUUUCUCCUGUAUUGAAUGUGGAUGUGAUUUCAGCUGGACAAUAGCAGCCAGAAGUCAACGGUCAUGAUAAUUACCCCGCAUUGCGCCACCUGUCCACUGUGGGUGGUUGUGUCUUCUAUGAAAUGGAAGGUCCCAUCACCUCUGGCACCCACUAACAGGUGUCACCAUGUCAUGAGCAAGAGGACACCUCACAACUUACACAGGUAUGGGUGUUUUCAGGCAAUCGCCUGGGGUAACACUUCACAACCAAUCAGUUUACAUACAGCUGUCCCAUGACUUUUAACAUGUCAGAGUAGCUA